UGCAGCUUCUCUCCCUUUACCCUGCGACCCCUGAUCAUGCUAUUUUGUCGAAAGCUUAAACGCUUCUUAGGAGUAAGAGGGUACAUACAAGUUGACUCAUACGAAUUACUUCAUGCGAGAAAUGCAUGCUUAUUAGAAACCCAACAGCGAUCGGAGUAAAGUUGUUUCACCUUAUGUGUUCAAAUAUGGUAUUCCGAAGGGGCAGGGGACCGAGGAACAAGGAAGUAGCAUAGGUAUUAUCGAUUCGCCAGAGCUCACGAGUUAACGGUUUGUUUACACGAGCGUGGGGGAAAGUGCGCAUGCGCCGCAGAACCAAAACAAUAAUAAGAGAGUAGAAGGUUUGUGGCUGGCGGAUGAGCGGUCGCUCGCUUGGGCGUACGAACGAACGUUGCUGUACUUUUAAUUCUCGUACGUGCACAAGGCCCGUUUCAACGAAAAAGCGUUCAAGUUUAACCUUUCUCAAACGGUUUAGUCAACGUUCGUCCAACUAUUCAUCGCAUGUGUAUAUUUCUCGUUUCUCAACGUACACGCUGCCCGAGCCAGAACCAGACUUGCGUCAAAACGUGUAUUAUUGUGCAACGUGCGUUCGGCUCGAAAUGUAAUACGAUCGAGCAACAAUGUUGCUGAAGUAAUCACUAUCAAGUGGCCGAAGGAAUGAAGAGGAAUUCGUACAUAUCGAACAAAGUACCGUGUGUAACGAACCGGUGUGUGCGUUAACGUGAGUGCAUUCAUUCAAUUCGAAGCAAAGCACCAAGCAAAACUUGAUGAGUCGCUCAACAUUCGAGAAAAGGAAAGGUUUCAGAGAGGGGGAAGGAUAGAUGGUGCGUAUUUACCCAGUGAAUCACGCGUUCCAUGCGAUUAUGAGACGUGGUUGCUAGUUUAGGCCAUCUAUGUUUACACGAACGUUUUUCUCAAAAUACAUUCGUAAACAUCCAUGUGGAUGAAGAGUCGGAGAAACACUGAGUACUUACCUGUCUGACUGUAUAAACAAGUGUUUUGCAUUAGCAAAAGAACUUGCAGUGAAGAGCAUUUACGUGUAUCUUUGAAAAAAAGGGAAAGAGAAUUUUAUUGUAGUCUCUACUCGCCCGUAUUACACAGACGUGGAGGUGUAAACACGACGUUCGUGCCAUUGUCCUUUUGUUCUCAUAGCCGGCAAACGGGGGAAAGUACGCCAUGCCGAGCGCUGAAGAAACAACAUACCUGAUCGAAGUAGUGCCUAACACGACGCAGGACUUCCUCUCCCGCGACGUAGACCUCCUCGUCUCACAGAUCAAGGAGAAUCUUCGAUUGUCUAGCUUAAAGGCCAAGUCGAGUAUCAGUUAUAAAAAUCGCCCCUCGCCCUAUCAAAUACCGUCGAGGUCGUGGGCAGAUCCGAAUAGCUGUGAAGUAUGUGGCACGAAGAAUGCCGGAACUCACGAUCAUCGUCAUCACAUAAGUCAUCAUCACAAAAGAUCCACCGCCAGGGAGGACGAUCCUUACGAGCUUCUGCAAGAAUUGCUGAGAGAAGGUGGUUUGAUAAAGGAGGCUGUGAAGAGACUUCAAACGAAUCUCGACGACCUGGAUAAUUCGGAGGAAGAGGAGGAUGACCAACGGUCGGCGGUAUACAGAAGGAAACCAUAUUUUUAUGACUCCGAGGAUGAACAAUUACCGCCGGUAUACGAGCCGCUCGAGCUGUGAAAUUAAAUUAUUUAGUCGGCUUCGUCCGUGGUUACAAUUUUUUGUCUAGAUCAAGGUGAAAACUUUCGGUGUUCCUCAUUUACUUUCGAUGUGUGUACGAAAAGUGUCGUUAGGCAUGAACAUUCGUCUCGGGAAUCGAAAGAAAGUACAACGAGGUAAACAUAAUUAGCCAAGAACCCGCCUUACAUGGCCGUGUUUGUAAAUAUAGUAUGUUGUUAUUCAAAGCAGUUUCACACAUGGCUUCGUGCAACUUCGGCUAAGAUCGCCGCUCUAUCGACAAUCCACGAAGCUUACGUGGAAGACAUGGCUGCCUCGAUUCAAGCUCUUGGACUCGAUUUACAUGACAACAUUCGUCGGGUUUUUUUUUAACUACCAGUUCGUCUCUCUUUGAAUAAGAAAGAGUUCCUGAGUGCUAUUCUCGUCCAGGGUAACAGAAGUGCGACAGUCACCGAUGAAAUUACCAAGUCGCUCUUAUGAUUUGUUUCUUUGUUCGGUCGACAAGCUUGGAAAUUUUCAUUCAUUUAGUUCGUUAUUUUUCUCGCAAUUGUACAAAUAGUUUAUACAACAGUCAUUUGAAGGAAAAGAAACGUUGGCGAAUUUUUGCCACUUGACUCAGACGACGAAAUAAUAAACCAAGUAACUGUACACCUUUGCAAGCUCAUCUGUUACCUCUGUUAUAUGAUUAGAACUUUUGUAAUAGCAUGAAAUACGGAAAAAAGAGCACGUGUAUGAACGAGAAGUAUCCUAUAGGAUAUUAUAGUUGAACAAUUUACCUCGAUUUAUUCGGGAUGAUAUGGUCCAGUUACUAGUAGAAGAAUAAUAAAUUGUCUAAUAAGGAGAAGUUACGACUUGAGAGAACGCGUUUUGGACGAAAUGGGGCUUGAAACAUAGACAAUGCGAAGUAGAAAUAAUUCUGAAAGAUCGACCAUUAACUCUUUGAUUUCAAUUUGAAAAAAAAUACAAAUUUUGAAGGCACAAGUGUAAAACAUUUAAGUUAUUAAUUAGAAGUUCGGUAUUUAAGGUUCAUGCGUAUAGUAUGCUUCAGUUUGUGAAAUAAUACUCAUGGUUAUGUCACUCCUAGUAUUGAAUUCAAUGUCGCUAUGAUUGGUCAAUUAUCAAGAUAGAGACGGAUUUGAGGGUGAAUGAGUAGGAAAUGAAAUGUUGAAACCGAUUAUUUGAUGUAUAAGGACAGAUUAUGGAACGGAAAAUGUAAAUUUAUGAGGAUUACACGAUAUAAUUUGUGAAGUAACUUUUUUUAUACUGAAACUAAAGCGUUAAUGGAUAAUCUUUUAAUCGUACACAUUAGUGUUUAAACACUUUCCGCCCAGGAUCGGACCACCGUAGAAUCCUGCCGUUAUUCUAGACUGCAUUUAAAAGCACACUCAAAGGGGGGCUAAAUUCACGUGGUCGGUCACUACAGUUCGUCUCACAGGGGGGGUAACUUACUUCGUUUGGGUGGAAUGUGUUAGUCCAAUUUCGUUGAAGCACUCAACCAUUUCGGGACUUCUCUUUGUAAGAAUCAAUCAACGAAUUAGAAGGUCUUUACGCGUUGGAGCAUUGCAACUUGAAGGAUAGUGAUCUCAUUUAUUUGUUUUUAUUCGUGCGCCACGAACAGGACUAUUUGAUUGAUUGUGAGAAACAUGAAGGGUUAUUGGUUGAGUCGCUUUCGGUUAAGUUCCAUAAUUAAUGCCCACGAGUCUACCGUUCUCGUGGACUAUAGCAGACUUCUUUGAAUAGACAGCACAGCCGGCUUGUAAAAAGUUAUGCGAGCGCGUGGGCUUGUUACAAUCGACACGUAGAUUUAUAUUUGCUCCGCAUAUAUAGUACAUAGUUAUUUAUCACUAUCAAUUGUUAGCGACGUAACAAAUGCUGUACGCGCGUGUAAAUUUGUGUAUAUAGAAUACAUUGCAUGCACAUCCGUGACUGGCUUAACGGUACAGCAUGAUUCAUUUACGAAGGACUUGGCGCAAUAAUUGAUUUGUGUAACGACGUGACAUUCUGACAACCAGAAAAGUAAAUAACGUGUGCGAUGUCACACAUGUGUCAUAUUUGCGCAGUGUACAAACGUUAAUGAGUUAAAUACAAAUGUUGAGUUAGACCGUAAUUCCGGUGAAUACGUGAUUAUACGAGACGAAUGAAUGUUGAAUUAGUGUGUUUUCCUUCGAUAUCGUGUGAAGUUUUGUCUGCGCAGGUAUAAGUGUAUAGAUUAUGAGAGAUACUUCUUUAAAUUUACCCUUCAAGCGUAAAUUAAGGAUGCUGUACCUCGUUGUGAUGACCGGAUUUGUUGUCCGGCUAACCUUAAUUAUGAAUAAAGAAAUAAAACAUUUAA